GGUAGCUCCGCCUGUGAAAUCCACUCUGCCUUCAGUGUGAACAUUUAAAGCUGCUGCUCAGCAUCACAACAUUUACAGAGAAGAAGAAGCUUGGACCUCUGAACCCGAACAGAACCAGAACAGAACCACUGAGAGGAGGAAACAGCUGAAUGAUGAGUGCUGCUCAGAGUCCAACAACACUGGAGUCCAAACUGGAGGCCCUGCAGUGCCACUUCACCUGGGAUCUGGACUGGAGCAGGUCCAAACUUUUCUGUCUCAGGGACAAUAUAGAGGACAUUGGUACCGAGGAGGGAAACAGCUGGCUGGGUCACAUUUACAACCUGCAGGGGUUCAUUCAAUACAAGUUAGGGUUCACUGAAGACACCCAGAGUUUGUUCAACAAGGCUGCAGAGGCCUUCAGCCAGACAAGAGGGGCAGCUGAGGGUCCCUGGUUAGUGGUGAACUACGGGAACCUGGCCUGGCUGCACCACCACCUGGGAGACCAAGCAGAGAGUCAGGCUUACCUGUCAAAGGUCGACGCCCUGAUGGAAAAAUAUCCAUCUCCAUCCCAGGACGAGCUCCACCCGGAGAUCUACGCUGAAAAAGCCUGGACCCUGAUGAAGUUCAGCACAGAUAAAAGGCUGCUGGCUGCAGAUUACUUCCAGAGAGCCAUCAGGAUGCAGCCGGACAUGGUGGAGUGGAACACCAGCUAUGUCAUUGGGUUAGUGAGGUCCUUUAAACACAGCAAAGAAGAGCUGGGGGCUGACGUCUUUGAGAAAAUGAGAAUCGCCAAAGAACAGGAUCCAGAGAACUUGUACCUCGCUGUUGUUUAUCUUCAGCAACGUGCUAAGAGAGGAGAAAGAGUCGAAGAUGAAGCACGUGAGUUAUCCAGAAAGGUUUUAAGAAAUCCUGUCAGCAGCUACAGUGGGAUGAAACCAUUAAUAAGGCUGUACAGAAGCUCUGAGUCUAUUGAUGAGGCCAUUGAUCUGACAGAGGAGGCUCUGAAAGAACAUCCAGAUUCACGUUAUCUGAAGAGAUGUGCUGCUCUCUGCUACAAAUGGAAGAUCGUAUAUUUCAGUGACAAUCGUCCAAAGCAAAGCAUGGUAGACAGAGCAAUCAGCCUCCUUAAGGAGGUGAUUGGUCUUUACCGUGAUUCUUCACUUGUGAAGAAAAUGGACCUUGCAAAUAUGUACGCAAAGUCAACCCACAGUCAGGCUAAAGCUGAGCAGAUAUACCAGCAACUACUAGAAAGUGAUCUGGAACCUGCAGACAAACAAGUGCUCUACAACAACUACGCAAAAUAUUUAAACUUCGAUCGGCGCGAUAGAAACAGGUCAAUAAAAUAUCACAUGAUGGCGGCAAAGAUACCGGAACAAUCCUUCUUCCGUGACAACAGCAUCAGUGUUCUGGAGAAGAUUAGAGACAGAAACAGGCACCGAAUGUGCAGAGAAAUCGAGGCCUUCCUGGCAAACCUGCAGGAGCCGUAGUGUUGGAUGGAUAGAUGGGGAACUGGUGGAGGUGGAGGUGGAGGUGGGGAUUGCCCUCCUGGUGCCACCUUGUCUAGAGAAACUCUUGAAUGCCCCCCAUGGCUAGCUUUCCAUCGUUAUCAUAACAUCCACUGUGGACAUGUUGAGAUGUUUUUAAUAUAAUUCAGUUCAUUAGAUGAUUCAUUAAAACAUAUUUUUAAUCACAGGUUCUUCUUCUUAACUCCCAUGUACCCGUAGUGUUUCCUAUGUUCCUGUUGUGUUGAUCAGUUUUUGCUUUAGCUCUGUAUUUUCAGUUCAUGUAAGAACAGGAUACUUUAUACCAGAUGAAAUGUGCUUUGCUGUAAAAUCAAACUCGUUAAUUUGAUUUAGAAUCUGAACAUUAUCACCAGAUUCAAACAAAGUAUGUCAUGCUGUCUCAGCUGUACACAAUACUAACACUAUGAAAUAAACAUGAUGUGCACUAAGAAAA